AUGUCUCAAGUCGUAUAUAUCACCGAGUCGGAACCCAGUAUAGAAACCUCCAAUUCCCAAACGCAACCAGAUUGGAUCCACCCCAAUUUACUCCAAAGCAUCGAUCCGAUCAAAGGCCGCCAGUUCCGCGUGUCAGGCCUCAUUCCCAAAGGCGCCUGUCUUCUCGUGGACCGCCCCUACGCAGUUAUACCCGUCGUGGAUGAUCCGGCCAACAACGACACUCUCAUCUGCAGCAAUCCAGCUUGUAAUCGCCGGGUGCCUCGCCACUCAGCGUCCGCGCCACCUUCACCUUCACCUUCACCCGGCAAUCGGAACCAGAACCCGAAUCGGAAUCGGAAUUGGACUCGGCAUCGGACUCCAUGUCUGAAUGCCUGUAUUGCUGACGUGACCUGGUGCAGCGAACCCUGUCGAGACGCCGAUCAAGACCGCCAUGCUUUCGAGUGCACCUGGCUGAAGAGAUAUGCAGCGCCGAUUCGCGCCAAAUGGGGCGAAUACGACUUCGGCAUGUUGUGGGUGAUUGUUCGUCUGCUUGCCAUGCGACAGAGCCAGCAGUCCCUUGUUGCGAUCGAUCUCAAUCUCGGUCCUGGCUCUGCCACUCCAGCGCCGAAAUGGAAACGGGGCUGGGAGGGCAUUGAAUCGUUGUGCGGAUCGGUUGAGACCUGGUCCCAUGACAAAGUCCGGGCCUGGACGACUCUUGUGAAAAAGUAUCUCCGGGAUGGACCUGUUCUGCCGCAUGGCUUGUCGUCAGACCAGGUUCUUCAUCUCAUUUGUCAGGAAGAGGCCAAUUCCUUUGGUCUGUAUCCUCGGGCAACGGGCGUUGUGCCAUUGCCGUACCCGCCUGUCGAUCGAGGAGAGCAGUUCGCGGCAGCUGUUUAUCCUACGGCGGCCAUUGCGAAUCAUUCGUGUCUGCCGAACAUCACACAUAAGCCUGAUGAGCAGGGCCGCAUGGUCUUUGCUGCCUCUCGGGAUAUCUUCCCCGGAGAGGAAUGCUGUAUCUCCUACUUCGACUUGACGCAACAUACGGACUUGAUAUCUCGCCGAGAACAUCUUCGCCAAUCGUUCAAAUUUGUUUGUCAGUGUGAGCGAUGUGUUGCUGAAGAGCCCGUGGAAGAAUUGACCGAGUGGAAUGCUAUGCCCGUGAUGGAUUGGUGA